AUGGAGAGGCCGGAUUUGUUAGCGUGCAUCGAGGAGCCCGUGGCAGAGCCAGAUGCCAGGCAGGAGCAGCAGGCCGAGCCGGUGGAAGCAGCGAUUUGGGCAGCCAUGGAUGGAUUGGCGCGGUUCAGCCAGGCAUCCAUUAUUGACCGGAUUGGCGUGUUUAUACGGUUGGAGGCAAUUCGCACAGAGAUGCACCAAACCCGGUUCCAGCCGUUACAGCCGUAUAUGGACAAGAACGCCAUUGUCAAGCACACACGACCGUGGCAGCAGAUGUUAAUGUUUUUUGCACGCACACAGAAAGAGCACGGGUGGAAGAGCCCCAAGUAUCGGUUUACGCGCCGGCAGCGAGAGGCAUGGGAGGUGUUAAUCGAACAGGCAAAGCGGAGCAUAGAGGGAGACGAAGAAGAUGAAGCCGAGGAUAUGGACGAAGAGAGAGAAGAGCUGGACGAGGAGAUGAUGGACGACAUAGACGAGGCGAUAGAGGUAGCUGAGGAAGAGCCAGUGUGA